AUGGCCAUUGUCACCACUAUCCUCAUCAUCACCCAGACAGAGAUGAUGGAGGCCUUCUUCUGUGCCACACACUUUUCUAAGUGCUUCAAAGACUUGACCCCCAUGACCUUCACAGAUAGCCUCUCAUUUAACACCACAGCUGCCCAACAGACCUGUCAGAGAUACUCAGAAACAGCCAUCUCUGUUGACAUCACUGCAUUCUGAAUAAAUAUUCCAGAAAGACCCUUUUCACCUCUAGCUCUCCUGAUACAGCUUCAUAGAGCCUACGAAGACAUGCAGUUGGCAAAUUAUUCACCCACCACUCAACAAUUUCCUGGUUUGGACAAUGGUAGUAAGAGGGCUUGUGUCACAGGAUGGCUGUGGAGAUUAUAUGAGGAUGUAAGUACCAAGGUCAGUAGCACAGAUCAAUUGGCGCUGAUUGAGGGGCUGCUAUGUCAGUUUCCUAUUCACAGACCGUCUAGCAGCGCACUUUUAAAAGAUGCAGCCGCCAGCACCAGCUCUGGCGGGCCCGGAACGCGGCCGCCGCUCGGCGCGCUCGAAGUCCCGCUGCCCUGUAGCGAAGUUGACCGGCCGUUCUGCAAGCCACCCCCAGCAGCGCGCAACGCGACGCUAACCUGCGAGCGCCGCGCCUGGCGGCUCGAGGAGCUGCCCGAGGCCCCGAGUCAGGGUCUCCAGCAGGGGCGGCGGCCAGCUCUGGGUGGCGGUGACACUGCCCACCUGCGCCGCGCCCAGAGCGCCCCCGUGCGCCGCUACCGACACCGCGACGGCGGUGAGACAGACUCGGAGGCGGGGGUCCAGCUCCGGGUGGUGAAUCAAGGGAAGGGGAGAAAUCCAACCAGGGGAGUAUCCAACUCCAGGGUGUCCACAUGGGAAUGUCUAGCCGGCGGGGAAAGGGGUUCCGGCGGGCCGCCUGCACUCACCUCAGCGCCCCGCGCUGGCUCGGCUGGGCCGGGCUGGGAGCGCACUGCCGCAGCGCCUAGUGGUUGUGGCGGUGGCGACGGGGGCGGCUCCCCGGGGCGGGGCCGGAGGCUGGGAGGCCGGGCGGGCCACGUGGGCCGGAGGGCGGGCCGAGGACCCCCUCGUUCACGCGAUCGGGAAAGCUCAGUGGAAACCCCGGGGGCCGCUCGCGGGGCAUGUGUGGGAGGGGACUAUGGUGACAGCCGCGCGGGUGCUGACAGCGGCUGCCUGAGCGGGCGACGGACGGAGCCUGGUGGUGGAGCCCCACCCCGCCGCUACACUGACCUUGGGCGUGUCAGGUCUUGCCCGAACCUCACCUUCCUGGACUGGGAAAUGGGGCUGAGAAUGAGCAUCAGCUACCAGCUGCGCAGAUCUCUGGGCGGCCAGCAGCUUCUCAGCAAUCGCUGGUUUGUGGCCGGACCCUGGUACUUGGGGAAGGCUGCAGCGUCCAAUAGUGGCUGGAUCAUCCGAGCAGGAAUAAACGUGGAAAUCUAA